AUUCCUUGCCACCCCACCCCACAACCGCUAUAAACUACUGCAACAACCAAGAGAUAAAGAAAUUAAACAAGAAGCAAAACCCUAACCCUAGUUUGGUUUGCUCCUUUAUCGUAUUGAAUUGAUUUCAAGAUUUGUUUCUCUGCUAAAAAGCUAUGGAAGGGCAUAGUAUUAAGAAGCGAGUCAGGGAGGUCGAGUCUGAGUUGGACUUGCCUGAGGUAAAGAGAAUACGAGAUGAUUUGUUGGGUGUUCUUGAUGAAUCGGAUCCUGACCCGACUAUUCAAGAUCUUGAUUCUGUUAUGAAGAGUUUUGAAGAGGAAAUAUCCGCUUCAUCCUCUUCCCCGGUCGUUAUCGUCGAUCUGACUUCAGAUUCCGGUGACUCCCAGCCGGAUCUCGGUUACCUUCUAGAAGCAUCCGACGAUGAGCUUGGAUUACCUCCUUCCUCGGUUAAUUCUUCUGGAGAGGAGAUUAAAAAUGAAUUGGUUGCUCGAGUGGACUCAGUUGAGUUAGCUGUAAAUGGAGGGUUUUGGGGGUUUGAGGAUCAGAUAACAAGUUAUGAUUCGUUCGAAUUGGGAAUAGGUGAAAAUUAUAACACCGAUUACGCGGCGUUUGACGACGGGCUUUUCGAGUAUUCAAAUGUGUGUUUCGAUACUUCCGAUGUACCGGAAUAUCCGUUGCGGCUGGGGAACAUGACGGCCGAUUAAAUGAACAGUUUCGGCUACAAGUAACGUAAAACGAUGCCAUUACGGCCCUCUCCUGUAAAUUUUCUUAUUUUAUUUUUUAUUUAAAAAAAAAAGAGGUAAAGUGAUAUAUAAAAAUGCAGUGUAGGAGUAGAAUUGAAAAGAAGAAGGCGCGAGUGAGUAAGGAAUUGAUUCGUUUUUUUGAUGCUUGGAUUAUACAAGAGAUCGUUCACCAAUCUAUUCCUGCUAUAAUUCAUAUAAUACUGUUCACCAUUUUUUCCUUCUAAA